AAACUCAAGGCAGAAAGGGCAAAGGGACUGUUAGAAAAGUGGACCCUUCAAGUUGCCUGACAGGCUUCAUUGGAAAAAAAGAGUGAGUGAGGAAAGAGUAAAGAGAGAGGGAGCGCAGCACUCGUCUCCACUCCCCCUCCCUGCAAAUGGGAGAGCAAGUCUAAAUCAUGUUGCUUAUCAGUGCUGUUGUGCUGUGAUGUUGCUCAGGCAGAGCCCAGCACACAGCAGGAAGCCUUGUGGACCAGUGCUCAGACACAGGACCAGCCCGACCUUCUCAGAGCUGGAGACCCUCUCCCCGCCACGUCUUUCGCCUCCGCCGCGUGCCCCCCUCAGCGACAUGUACCCUGAAGAGAGUCGGGGGUCUGGAGGGGCAGCAACUGUGGACUUCCUGGAAGGGACGUACGACUAUGCUGCCCCUGCCCCGACUCCUCUCUACAGCCACUCCACCACUGGUUUCUACUCUGCUCCUCUGGAUGCCCAUGGUCCACACUCUGAUGGCAGUCUUCAGUCCCUCGGCAGUGGGCCUACAAGUCCUCUUGUGUUUGUGCCCUCCAGCCCCAGACUCAGCCCCUUUAUGCACCCUCCCAGCCACCACUAUCUGGAAACCACCUCGACACCCGUCUACAGGUCCAGUCAGCAGCCAGUAUCCAGGGAGGACCACUGUGGCACCAGUGAGGAGUCAUACAGUGUGGGGGAGUCAGGUGCUGGAACCAGGGCUGGGGACUUUGAGAUGGCUAAAGAGACACGUUUCUGUGCCGUGUGCAGUGACUAUGCGUCUGGGUACCACUACGGGGUGUGGUCCUGUGAGGGCUGCAAGGCUUUCUUCAAGAGGAGCAUCCAAGGUCACAAUGACUAUAUGUGCCCAGCAACCAAUCAGUGUACUAUUGACAGGAAUCGGAGGAAGAGCUGCCAGGCUUGCCGUCUUAGGAAGUGUUACGAAGUGGGCAUGAUGAAAGGAGGUGUGCGUAAGGACCGCGGCCAUGUUUUGCGGCGUGACAAACGACGGGCUGGCACUAGUGACAGAGAUAAGGCUUCUAAGGACCUGGAGCACAGAACAGCGCCCCUCCAGGAUGGGAGGAAGCGCAGCAGCAGUGCUGGAGGAGGGAAAUCAUCGGUCACUGGCAUGGCGCCUGACCAGGUGCUCCUCCUGCUUCAGGGUGCCGAGCCCCCAAUACUGUGCUCCCGUCAGAAGCUGAGCCGACCCUACACCGAGGUCACCAUGAUGACCCUGCUCACCAGCAUGGCUGACAAGGAGCUGGUCCACAUGAUUGCCUGGGCCAAGAAGCUUCCAGGUUUCCUGCAGCUGUCCCUCCAUGACCAGGUGCAGCUGCUUGAGAGCUCGUGGUUGGAGGUGCUGAUGAUUGGGCUCAUCUGGAGGUCCAUCCACUGCCCUGGCAAACUCAUCUUCGCACAGGACCUCAUACUGGACAGGAACGAAGGAGACUGUGUUGAAGGGAUGGCUGAGAUCUUCGACAUGCUGCUGGCCACUGCCUCCCGCUUCCGCAUGCUCAAACUCAAGCCCGAGGAGUUUGUCUGUCUUAAAGCCAUCAUCUUGCUCAACUCUGGUUCUUUCUCUUUCUGCACUGGCACAAUGGAGCCGCUACACGACGGCGCAGCGGUACAGGACAUGCUGGACACUAUCACGGACGCUCUCAUACAUCAUAUCAGUCAAUCAGGAUGCUCAGUUCAGCAGCAGUCGAGACGGCAGGCCCAGCUGCUCCUCUUGCUCUCCCACAUCAGGCACAUGAGCAACAAAGGCAUGGAGCACCUCUACAGCAUGAAGUGCAAGAACAAAGUGCCUCUGUACGACUUGCUGCUGGAGAUGCUGGAUGCUCACCGCCUCCACCGCCCCGUAAGACCAGCUCAGUCCUGGUUCCAGGCUGACAGAGAGCUCUCUACCACCGGCAACAGCAGCAGCAGUGGCUCCUCUUCAGCUGGCUCUGGUUCCGGACCCCGAGGCAGCUAUGAGAGUCCAAGCAAAGCCCCGACAGGUCCAGGUGUCCUGCAGUACGGAGGCUCCCGCUCCGACUGCACCCACGUGAGACAGAGCACAACAACAACAAGCGUGUCUGAAGGUCAAGUCAUUUUUAUGAAUGAUGUGAGUAGCAAAGAAUGAAAGUGGUUUGGGAAUGAAAGGUCGCGGCAGUAUUUGAAUUUAUUUUAUGAGAUAAUUAUUUAUAUAAUUAAGUGAUUUUUUUUUUUUUGUCGUAGCUGUUUAGGGAGACAUUUUUUUCUUUGCACUUUCAAUUCACUACAAUCUCAGCUUCAAUGCAGUUAAGCCUCUGUGCUGCCUUUCAUAAUAUCUGUGACUUUGACUCAGCCUCUAACAGCUUUUCAUUACGGCCGGUGUUAGGUCAUAUUGUGCCAUUAUGAUUUCAAAUGACGAGCAGCUAAUAUUUCUUUUUAUUCGCAUGGACCAGAAGUGCACUUCCUCUCGGGUUUAAGGGACUAUUGGGCAUAUUUUUACUCUUGCAUAUAAAGGAUGAUUACACACUAAGCUAUUAUAGAAGUGGUUAAAAUUAUUGUGUAAUUUAUCUACAUCAGUAAAGACUAAGCAUCAGGUAUUGUGUCUUAUGCACACACAACUUAAACUUGAUAUAUUUGGGGAAAAAUAAUGAAAUCAUAAAAUUAACAGUGACUGAGGAUGUAUCUGUUGAAUUUUGAAUACUUAAAUAUUGUAUGAUCAAAUCCUAGAGCACUGAUUACAUAAUGAAGGAAGCCAAGCUUUAUUGUUGGGUAAGUUCACCCUAUCCACGGCUUUUUGUGUACAGUAGGUUUGCUUACUUGCACCAAAGUUGUUUUUUUUCUAAAUUUGUGUGUGUGUGUGGAGAGACUGAGAGCAUUGUGAGUGAUUCAGAGCUGAUUUGAUGCAUAGAUUUUUGUCUUGAUGCAGUUGUUCAACAUUUCAACCGCGUAAAAAAACCUGCAACCAGUUACUAUUCACCCACUAUUUCAGUGAUUACCUGUGGAGUUUGGUUGGAUUUACUCACCUCCAAAAACCUGAUUAUUAUAAUGUACUGUAUGUGCACAUAUGCAAUAGUUUUUAUAGACCAAAUUUGAUCCAGUUGUAAAGAGGGUUCCUUAUAUAGACUUGAUUAGAUGUUUUCUUUUUCACUUGGCAGCGUUCAGCAGUAAUUGAUUGGUUUUUAAAGUGUCUGAAAAUAGUGAAAAAUAUCCCCAAAGCCCAAGUUACAUAUUCGAAUAGCUUCUUUUUUUGUUAGUCCAACAAUCGAAAACCUAAAUGUUUUCCAUUUACUAUCACGAACGACAAAGAAAAGACGCUCCUCAUAGUGUGUUCAGACACACAGACCUCUGGACCAUUUGUGUUUGUUUGCCACAAACAGUCAAUGUACAAACUCUGUUAGCUGAAAGCUAGCUAGUGACAGACAUGCUGACCGUGUCUGUGUUUGUGUCAGUGAAGACACUGCUCUUAGUUUUAUGAAACUGAGUAAGCAUGUAUUUGGUGCACCGUGGUUUUGGCCACUGAUCUGUUGUCUUAGUGAUGCAGUACAGUUGACAAACAGCUGACCGACACACUAAAAAUUAAAAGCAAUUAAAAUUUAUGUUGCUGGGGUAGAAGUGAUAACCAAAAAUACACAGUCACAGUGUAGUUGACCAGUAUGAUCUGUGUUUACAGAUGUUUGGAAAUCACAUGAUCAGAAAAUUGGAUCUGGCCUCUUGAGCUGUUGAGUGUAAAUCCAGUCAAACCUGACCUGUCUGUCAUUUGUUUACUGUGCAUAAAAAUAAAAACCUCAAUUGGGAAAAGACUG